AUGCAAGAAGAUUUUACAAAACAAAUUGAAAUUCUCAAAACACAAAAUGUCGAAUUACAAGAAUAUUAUGAUACAAAAAAUAAUGAAUCAAAUCAAACAGACGAACAAAUAAAGGAAUAUCAAUCAAAAUUCAACCAAUUAAAUCAAGAUAUUGAAGGAUUACAACAAGAUAAUGAAAAUAAAAUUGAAAAAAUAAAUCAAUUAAUAACUGAACUUGAUCAACAACAUCAAGAAAAUAAAGAACUAACCAAUAUCAAACAACAAUAUGAACAAACACAAAAUGAACUUAUUCAACAUACAGAAAAUUUAACAGAAAUAAAUGAAAAACUUAAACAAGAACUUGAAGAUUUUAAAAAUCAAAAUGAACAAUUCAAAAAUCAAGAUAAUAAUGCCACAACAGAAAAACAAAUUUCAAAUGAUCAAUUAAAUAAACAAUUAAAUGAUCUACAACAAAUGUAUGAUGAUCUUCUUGAAAAACAAACUAGUAUUGAACAAAAAUAUGCAGAAGAAAAAAAAGCUCAGGAAAAAAUAAUGCAAGAAAAAAUUGUUGAAUAUGAAACGAGAAUCAUAUUAACAAAAAAUGAAUAUAUGGUCGAAAUGGAAAAUGCUAAACUCGAUCAUGAACAAGAAAUGCUUCGAUUUAAAACUGAACUUCAGCAAGCUACUUCAACCAAGAAAAAAAAAUGA